ACAGCCUAGAAGUGGCUAAUUGAGUGAUAAUUUAUUGUCAAUCGAGAUCUGUUGUCAUUUGUUUUAGAUAAUUUGAGAUGUAUAGCUAGUUUAUUUACCCUAAUUCCCUAACUGCACAGUUCUUACGAUUGCUACUUCUACAUCACUCUUGUACAUGCUGGCUCAAAUCUUGGAAAAUAACCCCCCUACACUUUGCUGCACGCUACGCCACCGGUUGCACUGCGGCUUUUGAAUUCAACCGGUUUAGAUUAGUUUCCGGUCAAACUGGACCGGUAUACCGGUACCGGACCGCGCCGGUUUCGCCGGACCGGUUGGUAAAGUUAACCCUGCUCGCUACUCCGCUCCCCUUCCAGACCUCGAGCUCCACCGGGCUGCCGCUACUCCGCCACGGGCGGGCGCACCGCCCGAGCGCGCUGGCCCCGCGCCGCUGAAUAAGGGCACCUUGCCGAGUUCCCUUCCUCCUGCAUCUACCCCAAAAGCGUGGGAGUGGCAGGGCACAGGGAUGAGGAUUGCUUGGCCGGCGGCAAGGCUAUCCCUUCCUCCUGCAUCUGCCCCAAGCGCCAGGCCGCCGCCGCCGCGGCCGAGCCUCCCCCGCGCACUGCAGCGUCUCCGUGGGGCGCGCUGCGAGAUCCCCUUGAAGAUCUACAAGGUCCGAUCUAUUAGCAAGAAGACGUUCCUCGCCGGCCAACACUUCACCGCCGCCGCCGCACCCCCAUUCUUUCCCAGCUCUUGCUCCGCCUCUGCCCGGACCCGAACUAGUCUGAGCGCUCCGAGCCACCGCCGCCGCCGGACGAGGUCGCGCACGGACACAGCAGACAGACCGCGACGGCCGUGGACGGCGACGGCAAAGGCUCCUGCCGGUGCCCAUGUUCUGCUAGUUUGUUGCAGUGUCCUGCAGGCAGGCUCGCAUGCAUCAUUAGUUGCUUACCUGCAGCUUGCACAGUUGCACUUGUGCAGGUGUUAACUUUAUAGUAAAAUGCACCGUUACUACA